UUCCCCGAGCUCUGGGCUUUGGCGGCGGGGGCUGAAGGCGAGCGGCGGGGAAAGGACAGCUUCAGCAGCGGCUGCUUAGCGGGGAGAAGCGAGACCUGCAGGUCCAAGUCGGAGCCGGGUGGUCUCACCUUCGAGCGGGUGAGCUCGCCGGACCUCGGGUCAGCUCCGCGGCAGCCAACGCCGGCUGCUCUGCCGGCUCCCGGCUGGGUCGCGAAGCGUCGGCUGGACCCGCCCCGAGCUCCAUGGUCCGCCCGGCCCCGCGCGAUGGUGACUCUGGGCGCCGAAGUCGGCGCGGAGCGAGCCCACAGCAGCUCGCACAAUGAGGGCGAGUGGCGCGGCGCGCGGCCGGCGGGGGCUGUCUCCGCGAGCCCAGCGCCACGGGAAGCGGCCCAGCCACCUGAACCCGAAAAACGCCAACAAGUAGUUUCUCGUUGGAGAAGGGCGGCUCGGCUGGGUGUCGGGACUCCGUCCGGCUGCCCGGUGCACCUCGUCCACUCGGACACCAUAGCAGAACCACUUUUCUCUCAGUCUCGUUAAGUCAUGUCUAAGGCACAGAGAUGGGCAAGAUCGAGAACAACGAGAGGGUGAUCCUCAAUGUCGGGGGCACCCGGCACGAAACCUACCGCAGCACCCUCAAGACCCUGCCCGGGACGCGCCUGGCCCUUCUCGCCGCCUCCGAGCCCCAGGGCGACUGCCUGAAGGCGGCGGGCGACAAGCUGCAGCCGUCGCCCCCUACGCUCUCGCCGCCGCCGCGACCGCCCCCGCUGUCCCCCGGGCCGGGCGGCUGCUUCGAGGGCGGCGCGGGCAACUGCAGCGUCCGCGGCGGCGGCGACCACCCCCGGGGCAGCCGCGAGUUCUUCUUCGACCGGCACCCGGGCGUGUUCGCCUAUGUGCUCAACUACUACCGCACCGGCAAGCUGCACUGCCCCGCCGACGUGUGCGGGCCGCUGUUCGAGGAGGAGCUGGCCUUCUGGGGCAUCGACGAGACCGACGUGGAGCCCUGCUGCUGGAUGACUUACCGGCAACACCGCGACGCCGAAGAGGCGCUCGACAUCUUCGAGACUCCCGACCUCAUCGGCGGCGACCCUGGCGACGACGAGGACCUGGCGACCAAGAGGCUGGGCAUCGAGGACGCCGCGGGCCUGGGGGGCCCCGACGGCAAGUCCGGCCGCUGGAGGAGGCUGCAGCCCCGCAUGUGGGCCCUCUUUGAGGACCCCUACUCGUCCAGAGCCGCCAGGUUUAUUGCUUUUGCUUCUUUAUUCUUCAUCCUGGUUUCAAUCACAACUUUUUGCCUGGAGACACAUGAAGCUUUCAAUAUUGUUAAAAACAAGACAGAACCAGUCAUCAAUGGCACAAGUGUCGUUCUACAGUAUGAAAUCGAAACAGAUCCUGCCUUGACGUAUGUAGAAGGAGUGUGCGUGGUAUGGUUUACUUUUGAAUUUUUAGUCCGUAUUGUUUUUUCCCCCAAUAAACUUGAAUUCAUCAAAAACCUCUUGAAUAUCAUUGACUUUGUGGCCAUCCUACCCUUCUACUUAGAGGUGGGACUCAGUGGGCUGUCAUCCAAAGCUGCUAAAGAUGUACUUGGCUUCCUCAGGGUGGUCAGGUUUGUCAGGAUCCUGAGAAUCUUCAAGCUCACCCGCCAUUUUGUAGGUCUGCGGGUGCUUGGACACACGCUUCGAGCAAGUACUAAUGAAUUUUUGCUGCUGAUCAUCUUCCUGGCUCUAGGAGUUUUGAUAUUUGCUACUAUGAUCUACUAUGCGGAGAGGGUAGGAGCUCAACCCAAUGACCCUUCAGCUAGUGAGCACACGCAGUUCAAAAACAUUCCUAUUGGAUUCUGGUGGGCUGUAGUGACCAUGACUACCUUGGGCUAUGGAGAUAUGUACCCCCAAACGUGGUCAGGGAUGCUUGUGGGAGCCCUGUGUGCUCUGGCUGGAGUACUGACAAUAGCCAUGCCGGUGCCUGUCAUUGUCAACAAUUUUGGAAUGUACUACUCCUUGGCAAUGGCGAAGCAGAAACUCCCAAGAAAAAGAAAGAAGCACAUCCCUCCUGCCCCUCAGGCAACCUCGCCUACUUUUUGCAAGACAGAAUUAAAUAUGGCCUGUAAUAGCACACAGGGUGACACAUGUCUGGGCAAAGACAAUCGGCUUCCGGAACACAACAGAUCAGUGUUAUCAGGUGACGACAGUACAGGAAGUGAGCCGCCAUUAUCACCCCCAGAAAGGCUCCCCAUCAGACGCUCUAGUACCAGAGACAAACACAGAAGAGGGGAAACAUGUUUCCUACUGACGACAGGUGAUUACACGUGUGCUUCUGAUGGAGGGAUCAGGAAAGAUAACUGCAAAGAGGUUGUCAUUACUGGUUACACGCAAGCUGAGGCCAGAUCUCUUACUUAAUGGCUUGGGGAAGGCACAAAACAUGAGAGAAAGUGUUGUACAGAAUUUAUCAUGGAUUUUUGACUGCUGAAAAAGGGACUGUGGAAUUUAGCCAUACCAAGGACUGUACUGGAAACAGAUUUCUGCUGCUGAAUGUGCCCUGAUGUGACCAGGUUGCACUUGGAAGAGAUCCUCCCGUCUUCAUGAGGCAUUAAAAGUUUGUAAAAGAACUGUGGAUGGAACUCAUUUGGUGCUCCCCAUAUGAGUGGUCUGCUUGUGGACUGGCCAGCAUCCAUGAAACAACUGUAAAUACCAGCGUGUGUGCAUGGAUCAACAGCUUUGGCCAUCUCACGUCAAAGGAAGCCAAAUUCAUGAUCAACAUCUCUGGAGCUUCAAGUAAGGCCCAUACCUCUGUGAAUUGCCACCUCAUGGAGUUGCAGUAGAUUGUGCUGUGAAUCAUAAAAGCAGUGAUAUUGGUGUAGUAUAGGUCUGUCUUAAUUUCCCUUAUUUCUCCUUCGUUGGUUGGAUCCACAAACACUAACUGUAUCAUUUUUUAAUAAACCACUUAUAUGAUCAGCUUGUCAGAUUAUGUUGUGAAAUUUUCGGUGCCUAUUUAUCAAAACUGACCUAUUUUGAAUCCCACAUUUGUUUAAGUUCUGAAAAAUUGUUUGACUUAAAAAACUCACUAAUAUUACUUAUAGUUUAAGUGUUCUGUCAUUGUUACCUCAAUUACUAAUAUUACAAAAAAUAAAAUUCUGGCAAUGAGAGUAUUUUUUUAUUAAAUGAUCAAGGAACAAUGUCAGUAUAUAGUAGAAUAUUAAUUGAAUUAUAUCCUAAAAUGUAUAUUUUGCAUAAAAGAGAUAUUCUUCAAUCAAUUACUUUUUUGUGUUUUGUGGCAAAUUAAGCUUGUACUUGUCUUUAAAACUGUUGUAGUUGAAACUGUAUAAGAAUUCUUCAUCUUGCUUAAUCAGUAUUUCCAGAAUCUAUUAGUUCCCCUGGGAUUCUGAAUAUAACGUAUAACCUAAUUAUGAACCUCUGUAUCGUGGACCUUUUGUGAACAUCUCAAGGUGCAUGCACAUCCUUGUUGAUAAUUGAUGGAAAUGUAAAUAACUGAAAUGAAGAAUAAAAGGCAAAUAAGCUGGGGAUAAACUUGAAUCCUAUCUGAUUAAAUUCUUCAUAUUCUU